CUAAUAAUUCUCUCUCACAAUAUCAUCUGAUAUCUCAUCAUCGCCACCAACAGUAGAGGCUCAUAAAGUCGCUGUCUUCCCCUUUUUCACACGCUCCCUCACAAGUCCUCCUUCAUUCCAUGUCUCCGAGUCCGAGUCGCUCUUCCAAUUGAUAUAAAUCGGCGACCCAUUUCGGAUCCGACCCGGCAAUCAGACCGAACCCGCGAGUCGAAUUUGGAGCGGAGAGGGAGGAGGCAUGGCCUACAGAGCAGAUGACGACUACGACUACCUGUUCAAGGUGGUGCUCAUAGGCGACUCUGGUGUUGGAAAAUCCAACCUUUUGUCCAGGUUCACGCGCAACGAGUUCAGCCUCGAGUCUAAGUCUACCAUCGGCGUCGAGUUCGCCACUCGGAGCAUCCACGUUGAUGAGAAGAUCGUCAAGGCCCAGAUUUGGGACACCGCCGGCCAAGAAAGGUACCGUGCAAUUACAAGUGCAUACUACAGAGGAGCUGUUGGUGCUUUGCUUGUCUAUGACGUCACCCGGCAUGUUACAUUUGAGAAUGUUGAAAGAUGGUUAAAGGAGCUACGGGAUCAUACAGACUCCAAUAUCGUGAUAAUGCUCGUGGGUAACAAGGCUGACCUGCGUCACUUGCGUGCUGUUUCUGUUGAGGAUGCUAAGGCCUUUGCUGAGAGAGAGAACACCUUCUUUAUGGAGACAUCAGCACUCGAGUCUAUGAACGUUGAAAAUGCAUUCACUGAGGUCCUAACACAAAUAUACCAUGUAGUUAGCCGGAAAGCACUUGAGGUUGGGGAUGAUCCUGCAGCACUACCUAAGGGACAAACCAUAAAUGUUGGAAACAAGGAUGAUGUUUCAGCUGUUAAGAAAGCUGGUUGCUGUUCUGCCUAAUCACCAGGGCGACAGGUCAAAGCUCAAAUAUGUCGUCUUCUCAUUUUGCUAGUAUCGGGAUUUCUACCUGGCUACUCAUGGAAUUUCUCAUGAACUUUUUACUGUAUGGUCAUGUCUUCCAGUGCUUGAGUUUUUCUGGGGUUGGCUUAUAGUUUUGGAUUCAAAAGAAAUCUCACAGCUUCCAUCUUAUGUCAAUUUCUUGAUUAUUUACCCCUGCUCUUCCCCCGUAAAAUUUCUUUGUUUCUUUAUCUUUUGUUGUACUUGGUUGCUCUAGUUUAGGAAGAAUUUUCUGGAUAAUUUUGUUUUUGUAUCUGAUUGAUGAUUAGUUAAAUCUUAAAUGUAUGAUGAAUUAGCUCCC